AUGUGCUCCCAUUAUUACGCAAGAGACAACUUUGAAAUUAGAAGAUAUAUUCGGCAAAGAAUAAAAGAUAAAGCAUGGGAUGAUGUUGAAAGAAAAAUAAAAACCAUUGAUGCCCCAUUAGAAUAUAAGAAAGAACUAGCCUUAAAUCAAGAAAAGAGCAAAGAAUCAUUAGCAAAGAUUUAUGAGCAGGAAUAUUUAAAACAACAAGCAGCAUUAUAUCCAGAUUGUUCUGACCAACCAGAAGAAGUACCAAAGGAACAAACUGCCAUUGAACAAAUGAUGAUAUCAUUAUUUGCUCAGCUAGAUGCUUUAUCAAAUUUCCACUACACUCCGAAGACUGUUAUGCCAGAGGUGAAGAUUAUCAGUAAUUUACCUGUCAUUAGCAUGGAAGAAGUAGCACCUGUUGCAACGAGUGAUGCAACUCUUCUUACUCCAGAAGAAAUUCAAAAGAAAUCUAAGGGAGAUGUGGUUAGUAAAGACGAACGCACAAAAACGGACAAAAUUAGAGAGAGACGCCAGAAGAAAAUAAGACAGCAAAUUAAAAACAAGAAACAAGAAAUUAUAGAAAAAUUGAAACCCCAACUCUAAUAAAUUUAA